AUGGAUCAACAGCUUCAACCCUUAAUACUGUGUAUGGAGAAUAUGAAUGGGGAAGAAGUAACACUUAGCAUAGAACCUAAUGACAAUUUCCAAACUUUCCUGGAUAAAGCGAAAUCUUUGUUAGGUUUUGAUGUAGAUCUUAGCUCCAUUACAGGCGACCAUCCCGUAUCUCUAAAUGAAAACAUUUAUCAUUAUCUGCUAAAUUUAGAACUGAACUUACAAAAUGAGCCAGAUCUAUUUGCGCAUGAUUAUAACCAGAAAUUAGAACGUAACGCAAAUGGCGGUGAUGGUUUCAUGUACGUUCUUGAUGAUGGAACACAGAUACGUGCCUCUCAAAUACACUUUGAUAACGAAGAUCCGCCUUUAGACUUAACAGCAGAAAAAAUACCAUUUGUCAAGUACUCAAAUGAUACCGAUGAGAAUGAAGACGACGAUCUAAACAUUGAAAAUACUAAAAAAAUUAAUAUUAUUGAAAGUCCAGUUACACGUUGGUCGAGUAGAAACUCUAGUCCUAAAUGCAGCUUCGUUAACAGUUUACCCUUUAGACUUGUUUGUUCGAACACGUCUAAUUUUGAAGCCCAGUUUUCAAAAUAUUUAGAAUCAAGUUCAUCAAAAACUUAUGCAACUCUAAAUCCAGUUGCCAAUAGCAAUAGGUCCCCGAGAAGUUUAAUUAAGGAAAAUUACAAAAACUAUGAUGAAAACUUUCAGACUCAGUGUCGUAAAGAUGAUUUCACAAAUUUUACACGCGAAGAAAUUCUUAAUAUGUUUAAAGACUCUCCUGUUACAUCCCUACCUUACGAAGAAAAUCAAAAUAAUAAUGAAAAAAGACGUCAUGUGCGUAAAACUGAUCCUUCUCGGUUACACAAAAAUUGGCACAAUAAGCCUUUAUCCUACAUAGAUAUAAAAACUGAAGAGAAAAAUCAGCAAAAUUGUUUUAUUUGCGGAAAGGUUGACAACACCGUGGAAAAAUCAUAUUUGUUUGAUAAUGAAGAUCAAAAGUUACACAGAUGUUCUUCGCCUAAGAAAUAUCCAACUCAACUUAAAAUUAUAUGCGACCAGUGUUUAGCUACAUAUUUUAAACCGUGUGAUAUGAAAAGUCCUACACAAUCCCUUAGAUCCAAUGAAUUUCUUGUCAUUAAAAAUAAUCAGCAGUAUAUCUUCCAAAAAGUAAAUGACUUCCAAGUUAUCCAGGAUUUGGUAGCUAUAGAUGUAGAAUCGCCCAAGGACCCUCAAGAAAAUGAUAAACUUGAAUUUGUAAAGGUUGAAAUAGGUUCUGAUGGUGAAAUAGUGACAAAAUGUAUUGAUAACGACACUAGAUCUUCCGAUGACGUUAACAUUAUAAAAGAUGAGAAAAAGGAUAGUUCUAGUGAUGUUGAAAUCAUAGAGCCCGAUGCAGAUAUAGAUGAUAACAUAAUAGAUAAUUUGGAAGAAGCUGACGAGGAUGUUAAAGAGUUUUUGGGGAUUUAUCAGUUUAACAAUAAUGAUAAACUAAAAGAAUUAAAAUGCAGAUUUUGUGACUGUAUUUUUGAAGAAAUUGACAAGGUGAUAGAACAUGGUGAAGAGCACAAACAUAAUUUGGACGAUGGAGAAGUAUUUCCAUGUCCGCUAUGCGAUUACGGUUACGCUAAUUUUAAAUGGCUCAAAGGACAUCUUAAAGCGGUUCAUGAUAAGGUGAAAGCGUCUGGAAAUAACGACGAUAACGAGCAAGCAGACCAUCCUGAAAAAUCACCGAAAUCUUCGCCAGUCGCCAAGAGAACUAGAAGUGCAAUAAAAAAGGUCGAAACUGACAACGAAAAAGAGAUCCCGGACAAGACUGCGGAGUGUACGAACAAUUUCAUCACGAAACUUGAAUCCAAUGACUCUACGCUGACUGUCAAGACUGAAGUGAAACAAGAGUGUUUGGACAGCAGCGAUGACGAGGCGAUAUGGAUCUUGCAAACUGUUGAUCAUGAGACAUCUGAUCCCCUGGAAAAUUUGUUGAAGGUUGCCACAAUGAAGAAUGAAGAUCAAAAAAGCACACUAAAGAAAAAACACAAGUGUAAUAACUGCAGCCGAAUAUUUUCUACCUCCGAAAGCUUGACCAGUCACAAGUGCCGCCGACGUGGCAGGAAGCGGAAAGACACGACCAAGGACGAUUCUGGCAUACGUGUACCAUCUGAAGAAGAUUUUUACAGGAGAGCACAAGGAAGACCUAGACAGAAGCAGCAAGCUGUUGAUAACGAUUUACUGGUAGUGAGGCCCCGCAAGAAGAGGAAUCGCGGACCGACCUCCGACCCGCAAUUCGUCACCUGCCACAACUGCAACGAGUCGUUCACGUCUAAAGUUAGACUAAAAUUUCACAUGCAAUUUCACGACACCACAAAACUCCUCACGUCUGAGGGGCAGUACGUUUGUCCAGAAUGUGAAGGCGCCCACUUCCCAACGGAGAGCGAGCUUUUUGACCACGUCCACUUCCAGCAUCACAAGCAAAAUCGCUGGCAAUGCCCUGUUAAAGACUGCGGAAAGACGUUCUUUUUGAGGGCAACGCUGACGAAGCACAGCCGCACGCACACGGACACGCGGCGCUACGUGUGCGUCACGUGCGGCAAGCGCUUCCUCGACAAGCAGACGCUCGACGAGCACGGCGUCACGCAUCUGCAAAUAAAGCCAUUCCAGUGCCACAUCUGCCUGAAGCAACUUACACGAAGGUCGAGACUACGAAUGCACAUGCGCGCUCACGAAGAGGAACUGUCGCCCAGUCUGGUGCUGGUGUGUGCGGUGUGUGCACGCGCCUUUAGGGACACGCACGACGCCGAGGAGCAUGCAGCCAAAUCGAAAGAGUGCGUGGAGCAGUUGAGUCCAGCUGUUAAGGAAGAAAAUGAAGCCACUAUCCAGCUGUCGCCGACCAGUGGUCUAGUGACACAUACUGUGGCAGUUUUCGCGAAGUUUCCUCAAGCAGACUGUGGACCAGAAGGCGAAGCGUUGUUAUCAACGCUCACCGACUUCGCGAGGAUUGUUAUCAGAGUCGUCGAAAUCGAGAAAGCCUUCCGCUGCGAGUACUGCGAGGAUGUGUUCUAUUUGGAAGACGCGCUCAACAGUCAUCGCGUGAUUCACAAGGGAGUGAAGAAUCCCUUCACUUGUCACAUCUGUAAAGUCAGUUUCGCCACAUAUUCCCGAUGCACUACCCACAAGACGACACAUGGCUUCUACAAGCGUUCCCUGGCCGAUUGCAAGAAGCAGGCAAAGUGUCCCGGUAGACCGGAAGCGGGACCGUCGGCUACUGGUAUCCUUGGAUAUGGGGGCUUUCCUGUCGUCAAACACUUUUUAUGCGAGGACUGCGGUCGUUCUUAUCUACAUUGGACUUACCUACAAGUGCACCGUCGUAUGAAGCACGCAAACGAUAACUACCUCUACAAGUGUAACCAGUGUGAGCUCACAUUUCUAAACAGUUGGAGUUUGACGUAUCAUAGAAAAAAGAUGCAUGGAAAGAUUGAACAAGAAGAUGGAGGCGCUGCAACCAAGAUCACUAGGAAUGAUUACAGAAUACCUUGCCGUGACUGUAGCGAGGUGCUGCCAAACAAAAAUGCCCUGUAUGCCCAUAGACAAAAAGAACACAGUACCAUGAGCGACGAACAAGGCUCGGAGGAUGCCGGCGGAGUUACGCAACGCGUUCGCGGCACGUCGUGCUGCAAGUGCGGACACAGCUUUACCGAGCACAGCGCGCUGCAGCGACAUCUCAAGGAAGUCCAUGGCCACGAAAGUGAGGUCCGCACUGGUCGGGCGCACCCUUGCGGAGUGUGCGGGCGCGUGUUCCGGUCCGCGUCCGUACGCAACGAGCACCUGCGCGUGCACACCGGCGAGCGGCCCUACCCGUGCGACGUGUGCGGCGUCGCGUUCCGACGGUCGACUGCGAUGCGCAACCACCGGCUCAUCCACUCGGGCGUGCGCGCGUGGGCGUGCGGCCGCUGCCCCAAGCGCUUCCGCAUCCGCUCCGACCUGCGCACGCACUUGCGCUUGAAGCAUCCCACGCACCUCAUCGUCAUCGAGGUCGGAGGUUUGAAUCCCACUCAAGAAGAGGUAAAGCAACACCUUCGAAACAACAACAUAACGCAGGACCGCAUCAUCGAGAUUACCAAAAUGUCAUUUGAGAAGGGCAGCAGCAGUAUACUGCCAACGAGCGCUCGAGCGUUGUCCCUGCUGAGUGGCGUGCCUCGCACCAACGUCACCUGCGAUGCUCCCGCACAAUCGAAUACAGAUAUGUUCCAACCAGCCCGUCGUGGCAGAGGUAUUGCUAAGAAUCCGAGGAGACCUAAAAUCCUACAAGGUUCUCAUGAUGAGGGGAACUUGGCCACGAAUUAUCCUAUAUCCAUUGACGCCAGUGGAGAGGAGUUAUCGGAGCUAAAUGUCCAGCUGCUGCUUCGUGAGAGGGCGCUGGUGAAUGGAAACCAGAUGGUGCAGCUGCAACUGGAGGAUGACAUGCUCCUGGAAUAA